GGGACCUUUGACCAACUCAAUUGAUCUGGACUCCUGAGCAGGCACUUGGACCAUCGGACAGACGCCAUGAGAGAUCUGCUAUUCCUGGGGUCCCUGCUGGUGAACCUGGAUUCAGCGCUGCUGACUCCACACUGGCGAGCCCACAAGGAGCAUAAGCAGGUAGCGGGUGAGCCCACAGUGGUUCUCACUGUCACUGGGGAACCCUGCCACUUCCCCUUCCAGUAUCACCGGCAGCUGUACCACAAAUGCAUCCACAGGGGCCGGCGUGGCCCCCGGCCCUGGUGUGCGAUCACCCCCAACUUUGAGCAGGAUCAGCGAUGGGCAUACUGCCUGGAGCCCAAGCAAGUGAAAGACCAUUGCAGCAAACACAGCCCCUGCCAAAACGAAGGGACCUGUGUGAACAUGCCAGGCGGCCCACACUGCAUCUGUCCUGAGCACUUCACCGGCAGGCACUGCCAGAGAGAGAAAUGUUUUGAGCCUCAGCUUCUCCAGUUCUUCCACGAGAAUGAAGUAUGGCACAGAGCGGCGGCAGCAGGUGUGGUCAAAUGUCAGUGCAAGGGCCGGGGUGCCCAGUGCAAGCCACUGCUCAGCCAGGUCUGCCAGACCAACCCGUGCCUCAACGGGGCGCGCUGCCUAGAGGCAGAGGGGCACCGCCUGUGUCACUGCCCUUCAGGCUAUGCCGGACCCUUCUGCGAAGUGGACCUUGAGGCGAAAUGCUACGACGGCCGAGGGCUCAGCUACCGCGGCACGGCCGGAACUACGCUCUCGGGCGCGCAGUGCCAGCCGUGGGCCUCGGAGGCCACCUACUGGAACGUGACUGCAGAGCAAGCGCUGGACUGGGGCCUGGGCGACCACGCCUUUUGCCGGAACCCAGGAAAUGACACCCGCCCUUGGUGCUUCGUGUUCAGCGGCGACCGGUUAAGUUGGGAAUACUGCCGUUUGGCACCGUGCCAGGCCCCAGCCCAGAGGACGCCUCAGGUUUGGAUUCAGGCGCAGGACUCGGGACCUCAGGACUUCCCCUUGCCUCCGCCUUUGGUCCUGCAGGAGCCUCAGCCCACGAGCCAGAGCCCGCCGCGGUCCCCGACCCCAGGUAGCUGGGAGGCGGUGGGAAUCCGAAAGGAGAGACCGAUUAGCCUGACCAAGACCGGCAAGGAGGACCAGGUCGGCUGCGGACAGCGGCUCCGGAAACGGCUGUCCUCGCGGAGCCGCAUCGUCGGGGGCCUGGUGGCGCUCCCCGGGGCGCACCCCUACAUCGCGGCGCUGUACUGGGGAGAAAAUUUCUGCGCGGGCAGCCUCAUCGCCCCCUGCUGGGUGCUGACCGCGGCUCAUUGCUUGCAGAAUCGGCCAGAGCCCGAGGAGCUGACAGUAGUGCUGGGCCAGGACCGCCAUAACCAGAGCUGUGAGCAGUGCCAGACACUGGCCGUGCGCACCUACUACCUGCACGAGGGUUUCUUGGCCACUACCUACCAGCAUGACCUGGCACUGCUGCGCCUGCAGGAGAGAGCUGACGGCAGCUGCGCGCUCCUGUCGCCCUACGUUCAACCCGUGUGCCUGCCAAGUGGUGCCACCCGCCCCACUGAAGCCCGGGAUACGCUCUGCGAGGUCGCCGGCUGGGGUCACCAGUUUGAGGGGGCAAAGGAAUAUUCCACCUUCCUGCAGGAGGCGCAGGUGCCUAUCCUCUCUCAGGAGAUCUGCUCUGCCCCCUACGUGCAUGGCUCUGCCUUUAUCCCUGGCAUGCUCUGCGCUGGCUUCCUGGAGGGCGGCACUGAUGCAUGCCAGGGUGAUUCCGGGGGUCCGCUGGUGUGUGAAGAGGAGGCCACAGGGCACCAGCUUAUCCUGCGAGGCGUUGUCAGCUGGGGUUCGGGGUGUGGUGAUCACCAUAAACCAGGUGUCUACACUGAUGUGUCCAACUACCUGGACUGGAUCCAGCAGCAUACCACCUCCUGACUGCCCAGGGACUUCUCUUUUCCUCCUGUGCAACUCUGGAAUGGGAGGGUGACUGGGGCAUGAUCGCAGAAGGCAAGGAUGGUGUUCCCUCUUCCUCCACUCUCCAGUACUGCCAGCCCAGUGCCAGGCACCAUGUAUGUACUCAAUAA